AUGAAAGCGGCUGAGCCCUCGCCAGCAGUACUGCAAGCGUUACGGACCGCCGACGGGGAGCGCGGCCGGCGCGCACCCGGACCGAGCACCGUCCUCCCCACCUCCCUGCCCAGGGCUGCCAGCGCGGCAGCUUCUGCACCGCAAGGCUCCGAGCACCCGGCACGUGGAAGGCAGCGGGGCCGCGGGGAAGCGCAACCGAGCAGCGCCCUUAAGAGUGCGGCGCGGCCGGGGGCGGAGCGCCCCACCACGCCGGGCACAAGUGCCACCGCGGCUCCGCCACCGCCGCCCCCCGCUCACCUCCGUUCCGCGGCGCCGGGGAGAGGCGCGGCGGCGCAGCGCGGUACCCCGCCGGCUGCCGCCGCCCGGCCCGCAGCCGCUGCCUCCCCUCGGCGCCCGCCCGGCGCCGCCCGCCUCCCGUCCGCCUCCGCCUUCCCUCCCGGCCUCCCUCUCCGCCUGCCGCUGCCGGCCCCUGCGAGGGCGAUAUCGGUGGUGCGCCGGGCGAGCGUGCAGCAACUGCCCCAGCCCAGGAUCGCCUUUUCCCAGCCCGCAUGGGGAAUUCGGGCCUCGGAGACCCUGAGCUCACGCCCUACCUCUGUGGCGCGGAAUCGAACCCCCCGGCCGGAGCAGGGAGAGAUGCAGGAACGCAUCCCUCGCACGCCAGCCCAGAGCAGGUGCUGCCUUGCUUUGCCUGCGUGCAGACAGUAG